AUGACAACAGCAAGGCUAAAGGUAUACGACUCCUUAAAGAAUUUAGUUUGUUGCAGGGCCCUAUUGGAUACGUGUUCAACGGCCAAUUUCAUGUCUGAAAAAUUGGCGACCAGACUUCAUCUGAAGCGAAGAAGAUGCUCCAUCCCGAUUGGAGCGCUCAACCAGAUGACAACAUCAAGCAGCCACAUCGUGACGACAUCGAUACGAUCUAACAUCAACGGAUGGGAGAAAAAGCUCGAUUUCUUCGUCAUCCCGAGUAUUUCGGAGAUGGAGCCACAGCAGCCCAUUAACAGAAAUUCUGUCCAGAUUCCAGCAAAUCUGAAACUUGCUGAUCCAGAAUUCCAUAGGCCCGCACCUAUCGACCUUUUGCUUGGGACUGGUCCAACAUUGGCCUUGUUCAGCGUCGGACAAAUCAAGCUGUCGCCGCCACAAGGGCCGGACCUUAUUCUUCAGAAGACACUGUUAGGAUGGAUUCUUGGAGGUAGCAUCCUGUCUCCAACAAGCUGGGACAACGAGAAGUCUUCAACCUCCACGGACAUCCACCUCGAAAACGACAGAUGUCAUCAAACAUCUCACUGGUCCAGCGACGCUGAACAGUCUACAACGAGCCGAGACAACAAUGCAGCAUCAAAGAAUUGUCAACUCAGUCGAUUGGAAUUCGACAUGAAACAAUUCUGGGAGAUCGAAGAGGGACCAUCAACCCCUCAUCUCUCCUUGGAAGAAAGGGCCUGUGAGAAACACUUUCAGCAACACGUACAUCGAGACGUUACUGGAAGAUACAUAGUUGCCCUUCCAUUUAAUGACAACAAAGAGCGCUUAGGACAUUCACGCGCCAGAGCUUUGAAACGGUUCAACGCACUUCAACGCCGUUUCAAGCAAGAUUCUGUCUUCAAGGAACGCUACGCAGCAGUCAUGCAGGAGUAUCUGGACCUCGGACACAUGUCACUAGUACAAGAUCCAACAGAUACCGAUGGUUUCUUUUUACCUCAUCAUGCAGUAAUCAAGGAAACCAGCAUGACGACGAAGCUUCGUGUAGUCUUCGAUGGUUCGGCAAAAACCGACUCUGGGAUCUCUCUCAACGAAACCCUUAUGGUCGGUCCAACCAUUCAAGACGAUCUGGUGUCGCACAUACUGCGAUUUCGUCUCCAUAAUUAUGUGUUAAGUGGUGACAUCGAGAAAAUGUAUCGACAGUUCUUAGUGCGCGAUGAAGAUCGAAAAUUUCAACGAAUCCUUUGGACGGAUUCAAGUGGUGAAGUGCAAACGUUUCAGCUCAACACUGUUACCUUCGGAUUGACACCCGCUCCAUUCUUGGCCACUCGCUGCCUUCGACAAUUGGCAGACGACGAAGGACAUCGCUACCAACAUGCAGGAAGUGUUUUGAAACGCGAUUUGUACGUGGACGACCUACUGACAGGUGCAGCCACCCUCCAAGAAGCUAUGACUCUCAGGAACGAACUCAUCGACCUUCUGCAACGAGCAGGUCUGAGCAUACGUCAAUGGGCAUCGAACGCACCUACGCUUCUCCAGGGACUACCUGACGGUCAUGUCAACGUGAAACUUCAAUCUCACGAUGACAAAACAUUGAAGACACUUGGAGUCGCUUGGAAUUCGCAACAAGACUCCAUAGUGUACACAGUGAAAUCCAUCACCACGAACACAAGAAUCACGAAGAGGAUGAUUCUUUCGGAAAUUGCAAGAAUUUUCGAUCCCCUGGGAUUACUUGGUCCAGUCAUCAUUACUGCAAAACUUAUCAUGCAGAAGCUGUGGCAGCUCAAGUUGGAUUGGGACGAAUCUGUGCCCACCAGCAUCCACACUACCUGGACCAACUAUCACACUCAAUUGAAUCUAUUGAACGACUUGGCUUUCGAACGUCAUCUCCUUCUCCCGAACGCAAUCAACAUCCAGCUGCACGGAUUCUGCGACGCCAGCGAGAAUGGAUAUGGAGCCUGCAUUUAUCUUCGCUCCAGUGACAAAAGUGGUAAAGUUCAGUCCAAAUUAUUGUGUGCGAAAUCUCGUGUCGCUCCACUCAAGGCAAUGACCAUACCUCGUCUGGAGUUAUGUGGAGCCCAUCUCCUAGCGAAGCUGUAUCACAGUGUCCAACGGUCCAUCCAUGUGAAGAUCAAUCAAGCUAUCUUCUGGACCGAUUCUACGAUCACCCUACAUUGGAUCAACUCUUCACCACAUCUGCUGAAAACCUUUGUGGCAAACCGAGUUUCAGAAAUUCAGGACAAGACAGCUUCCAACGUGUGGAGACACGUUCCAUCCGAGGACAACCCCGCAGAUUCGUUGUCACGGGGUCAACUUCCAGCCGACUUCAUCCAGAAUCCGAUCUGGAAAACCGGUCCCAUGUGGCUCAUAGAUGAAGAAUCCAUCUGGCCACAACUCGACUUGCCUAGCCUCACCGUUGUUCCAGAGACAAGAGCCAAAACUUGUUUGGCAACGAGAUCAGCUCCAUUGGAACUUCUUCAGCGAUAUUCAUCAAUCGCUAAGCUUCGAAGAAUCGUCGCUUACUGUCUCCGCUUCAACCGAGACAACCACUUCAAGGGAUUGUUGUGUCCACAAGAAAUAUCUGCUGCUAAUAAAACCAUCCUACGCUUGGUGCAACAAGAAUGCUUUGCCGAGGAAAAUCAGGAUCUAACUCAGGGACGAAGAAGCAAACUCACCAUGCUGGAUCCGUUCCUCGAUCGAGACGGCAUCAUCAGAGUAGGAGGACGUUUGAAGCAUGCUAGCAUCCCUUUCGCACAGCAGCAUCCAGUGGUACUUCCACGCUCUCAUCAUGUGACGUCUCUCAUCAUUCGAGACGAUCACGUACGCAACCUGCAUGCCGGAAUUCAAGCCACACUCUACAGCGUCAGACAACGCUACUGGCCCAUCGAUGGUCGGAAUCAGACAAGAAGAGUCAUCCGGCAGUGCAUCAAAUGUUUUCGGGCCAAUCCGCCCUCGACUGAAUAUAUCAUGGGCAAUCUUCCGAAGGCUCGAGUCAACGAAGCUCGACCAUUCAGCAACGUAGGCGUCGACUAUUGUGGUCCAUUCUACAUCAAGGAGAAAAAACUUCGAAAUCGGAAUAAAAUCAAGGCCUACGUUGCAGUCUUUAUCUGUCUCACUGUCAAGGCAGUUCAUCUUGAAUUAGUCAGCGAUCUGACCACUGACGCGUUCGUCGCAGCCCUACGAAGAUUCAUCGGUCGCCGAGGAAAACCACAAACCAUCAGUUCCGACAACGGUACCAACUUCGUAGGGGCAAAUAAUCAUCUGGAGGAUCUGCAACGCCUAAUCAACUCGCAGGAGCAUCAACAGAAGAUCAACUCCUACCUAACCAACGAAGGAAUCAAAUGGAGCUUCAUUCCACCACGGUCGCCACACUUCGGAGGCUUAUGGGAAGCAGCGGUGAAAUCCUUCAAACAUCAUUUAAGGGAAACACCAUCCAACCGGCUCUCAGUUUGGCAGCAUCUGCUGAAAAUCAAACGAGAUUUCUGGACAAGAUGGUCCAAGGAAUACCUGAAUGAACUCAACAUCCGGCAUAAAUGGACCAGCGGCAACCAUGGAAUCGGAGAAGGAACCCUCGUCGUCAUCAAGGAAGACAACGUUCCUCCCAUGCACUGGGCUCUAGGCAGAGUCUCCACCGUCCACCCUGGCUCCGACUGCAUCAUCAGGACCAUUAAACGAAAUGUCCAACGCUUAGCACCGUUACCAGUAGAC